AUUACCUUUAAUCUGCGACCGCCUGGGCCAAUACCUUACAACCGCGGAGAUUAGCAGGCUGGAGGGGGCCGCUCGCUCAGUGUCCAUUGCAUAUCGUCAGCAUCCGUUGAUUGCAGUGUGCAGUUUACCCUUGGUCUGCGAUUUUCUGGGCCAAUACCUUACACCCUUGGAGAUUCAUACGCUGGAGGGUGUACAUUGGUGGAUCAGCGCUGACCUGCGCUGGCACCUCCUCGGAGACCCACCUGUGAACUCGUCUGCAGGCUCAGAAGACUCAGGUUUCCUCAACUCGAGUGAUGGCAUCUUUGGUGCUGCGGGGCGCAAGCGCAAGUCCCCGCCAGCUGCAUCAAGUGGCAGCAGCAGCAGCGGCCCCGGCCCCGUUUCGGGUGCCGAUAAGAAAGAUGCCGCUGCAGAUGGGCAAGGCGGUGCGAGCAGCAGCGGUGCAGAUGGCCAAGGCGGUGCGAGCAGCAGCGGUGCAGAUGGCGGCUUCGGACCGUACUCCAAGGAGCAGGUCCAGCACUUCGUGUUGCAGCUGAAGCAUAUGGACAUGCUUGGUAUAGACACGUAUGUCACGGACAACGGUGCCAUCUUUGGGCGUUCCUCCUUUUGCAUCUUCGACCUCGUGCCCUUCGACAUAUCCCUCAUGCAGUUUCGUCGCCGGACAGGGCCUUCUUCAUCUCACUCCGACUUCCGUGGAAUCCUGCUCGUUCCUGGCAAGGGUGCAUCCAUCGAGAUCAUGGAUUUGCUCAGCGAAAUGGAGCGAAAGACGGCGAUGCUCCCGCCGUUGAGGGACCCUGCGAACAAGUACCGCCCGGAGCACCUCGAGUCGUCGGAAGAAGGGUUGCGGAUGAGCAACCGUGGCCGCCUCGCGUCGAUGCAAACGCCCGUGGACGGGUUCGGCAACAUGACGCCGCUGCAGGGAACUCUCGCGAGCGGUGAGGAUCAAAGCACGGUCCUGCUGCCGCUCCGUGAAGAAAUGCUGCAAGCGCCCUUUAUCCCGGCGAUCGCAGUGCAGCAUGGCCCACAUGACGAGGAUCCGGGGCCUGGGAGUGACGAAGCGGCCUCUGAUCCGGAGUCCGACGAAGCGGCCUCUGAUCCAGAGUCUGAUUCAUGGGAUUCUGACUUCGACGAGGGACUGCUGGACCACGCGAAAACGAUCGAAUCUCAGGAUGGGGCGAUCUCGGAAGAGAAAAUUCUUAUCAGCGGGAUGGUCGAGCGGACUUUGGAAGCGGACGAGCUGUCCGCUGUAAUUGAAAAGAUCAAAGAUGCUGUCCCCUUGGACUUCAUCCCGAAGCUGCUGGAAGAUCCUCAGGGUAUCUUUCUGAAGGUGGCCAGUCUCAAAGGGACCAUCGCUCGCGAAUUUCUGAUUGAGCAUCAUUGGAUCCUCAAACCACUCCUGGUCUGCGAGCCCAAGGUCCUCAUCAGCGGUGAGUCGAUGGCGCAGAUUCUGGACAGUGUCAUCAAACCGAUGUUGCCGGACGGCAAAGCCAUCGUUGUGGAGACCCUGGUCUAUGACGUGAAAGCCAUGCUGUCUGCCUUGAGGAAAUUGAGGAGGUCCUGGAAGUUCUUGGCUGGUCGAGGCAGCGGUGAUGGUGCCAAUAAAUGGCCCAGUGUCUCUAGCUCCUAUGAUGCGAAGCUGCUGGAGCUUCUCGACCUGUUGGACGACGGAGCUCAAGAGCUCAAAGAAAGCGCCGAGAUGUCCGAGGACGACUUGGAUCAUGAGCUGCUGUUUGAUGUGAAGCUCGAGGAAGGCGACAGAGAAAGAAUCGAAUUGCAGAAGCAAUUGGAGAAGAAAAGGAAGUGCGUCAUGGAGGCAGACGGGGCUCCUGACCCAGACCAGUUCGCUGCAGCUUCCAAGGCAAACAGGGAUCCUGAGCCAGACCAGUUCACUGCAGCUUCGAAGGUGGCAUACACACCACAACCGGAAUACGUAAAGGAUCUGAAAGAUCACGUUGCACGCCGACCGUCAAUCCUGGCUUUGGCAAAGAAGCUGGAUAAUGGCAAAGACAAGCAACUCAUACAAUUGAGCCACCACUUCGACGAGGUGAACGCUGCGGCAGCAGAGCUUAAUGAUGGGGGUGAUGAGGCCACGGUUGUGGAGAGACUCCGGAACCUGAAGAACGCUGCAAUGGCAGUUCUGGUGGAGCUUGUCAUCUUCCACUUUGUCCUGCAGAAAGCAGGAGUUCGUGUGUCUGAGGAGGUGUGCGGUGAUGUGCAACUCCUGGAAUUCUUCGCUGGGAAAGCCCGCCUGGCAUCUGCCUGGCGGAAUAUGGGCUAUGAUGUGAAAGCCAUUGAUAUCGAUCGUGACACCACCAAGCCAUACGUGGCUUUGGGUAACCGCCUCGUUGGUGUCACAGUGGCAUUCGCCUUGCUGGCAUGGUGGCGCGGAUCUGUGUUCACGAUUGAAAACCCGAAAGGUUCUCAACUGGUCAACACGGUGCCCAUGCAAUAUUUGAUAUCCUUCUUUAAGGACAAAGGUGGCCUGAACCAGUAUACCAUCAACCUGGGAGAUUGGGGCGCCGAAUCACUGAAACCUCUAUGGAUCUAUUCCGCUGAUGAUGUGACGGAAGCCCUCACGAGCUACACAUCCUUCCUAAAGGGAGGGCACUCCAAUCUGCCUGUGACCUACAGGACCCGUGAUGUGAACGGAGCUGAACGAGUCACGGGUGGAUUGAAUGUUGCAAUCCAGGUUCGGGCGCUGCAUUGCGAAUUGGUGGAAGGUCCAUCGCAGAUGUCCCGCCGGAUUGCCGCAUUGGCCGCUUCUGCUGACAUGAGCCUGCUCCAAAUGAAGGUUGCAAUACUGCGGGCUGUUUCAUAUGACGAUGUCGACUUGGAGCUGUCGGACACCCUCAUGUACUGCCGACGUUUGCUGUGA